AUGUACCCAUCUUCUUGUGACACCUUUGUGGCUCUGCCACCAGCCACACAGGGCAAACGCAUCAUCUUUGGAAAGAAUUCUGAUAGGCCCUGUGAUGAGGUCCAAGAGGUGGUCUACUUCCCCGAUAGGGACUACAAGCUAGGAGAGAAAGUUGAAUGCACAUACAUCAGCAUUGAGCAGGCUGCCCACACAUAUGCAGUUGUGUUGAGCAGACCGGCUUGGCUGUGGGGAGCUGAGAUGGGGGCAAAUGAGCAUCAAGUGUGCAUCGGCAAUGAGGCCGUGUGGGGCAGAGAGAAUCCUGGGGAUGAAGAGGCCCUCCUUGGCAUGGACUUGGUCAGACUCGGUCUGGAGAGAGCAGAUACUGCUGCUAAGGCUGUGGAUGUUAUUGCAGAUCUGCUAGAGAAAUAUGGCCAGGGAGGAAACUGCAUGGAGGACCUGUCUGGCUUUACCUACCUCAACAGCUUCCUCAUCUCAGACAGGACUGAGGCCUGGGUGAUGGAGACCUCUGGGAAAUACUGGGUAGCAGAGAGAGUGCAAGAUGGGUAUCGUAAUAUCUCCAAUCAGUACUCAAUAACCACCAAAAUUGACAAGGAACACCCUGGGAUGAGGGAGUAUGCUAAAAGCCAAGGUUGGUGGGAUGGGAAGGCACCGUUCAGUUUCGCAGAGACGUACUCUUUCAUGGAUACAGCCAGAAUAGAGGCCUCUGGUAGCCGAUUCUGUGAAGGACGGAAGCUUCUGGAGAGGAGCAAAGGACAUAUCACAGCCGAGACAAUGAUGGAUAUCCUACGGGAUAAGCAGAGUGGCAUCAACAUGGAGGGGAUGUUCAUGACAACCGGGAGCAUGGUGUCUGUAGUACCGACAGACUGUGCCCUGCCAGGUGUACACUACAUCACUGGGACACCAGACCCUGACAGGUCUGUUUUCAAACCUUUCAUCUUUGUGAAAGACAUUAAACAGUUGAAGCAAACUAGCUCUCCCACUUUGGGACCUGAGGAUCCUGUGAAGAAGAUACCCCGUUUCCAGACAAAGCCAGAUCGCAAACAUCCACUGUUUAUCAAACACGAGCUGGUGGCUGCCAUAAUCGAAACCACUGUGGACAGAGGACAGAAGAUCAUGCGUAAUAUGAGAGAGUUCGAAAAAGAGAAGAUGGCUGAGAUGGAGAAACUUUUAUCAAGUGGUAUUGAAGACCCUACUUCAGUUGUGCACCUGUUUUCUGACUCAGUCCAGCAGGAAAUCAGUGUGUACAGUAAAAAAUAGAGAGAUGUUUAAAAUGUGAAUGGCAAGGAGUUAUAUUAAGACCAACCCCAACUUGCCCCAUUCUGCAAAAUAAUCUCACUAUAUUAUACAUUUAAAUUGUAAUUGCAUUUGCUGCUCAUGAGUGGAUAAUAAAAAUGGAUCAUGAUUAAAACCA